AUGCCACUUCCUGCGCUGGAUAUAUCCACAUUCCAAAUAUUGCACCAGGACGGUGGAACAUCGGUGUUUAACGGAACGAUCAAGUUUUUGAAAGACUACAUCAGCCCAAUCAAGCUCCAUUUUUAUACCGAGAAGCACGAGAGAGGCGAAUGGAUUGCGGGUGGCCUAUCCCGAUUCACUAUGGACAUGUGCCCGCUAUUGCAGGUUCCGCAUGAGCUGUGGUAUCCAAUGACAAGCAAAAUGAGUCAAAAGCACUGUCCAUACAUAGCAGGGCACGAGGAACAUUUUAAUAUGGUAAAUAUCGGAAAUAUAGCAGCUUACUUUCGUGUUCCUGAAUCGUUCGUUGGUGAUUGGAAAUUUUACUUCGAAGUUACAGUUCUGCGCAAAGGACUCCCAGCCUACGAGUGUCUAAUGGCACCGGUAACGGCCGUCGAUGUAUAA